CAUUUGCAUGGUCUGCGGUGGAGGAAACCAGACAAAUAUCCCUGCAGAGAAGGGCAUGGGGGAUUAUUUUUGGCAGAUGCGGUGUGUUUCUAUUUUUGCGCUUUGCCUUUGACUCGGGAAGCAGUCAGUCUGAGAUGGAAAAAAGAGAAAAGAAACAGUGUGUGUUCCAUAAACCGGAGAUACAGUCAUCUCUGUAAAAGAGUCAGGACAUGGCAGUGCCUUUACCUCCAUGUGUCAUCGACUUUGGGACUGGCUACAUGAAGAUCGGUUAUGCUGGAAACACUGAGCCGCAGUUUAUCAUGCCGUCCUGCAUUGCGAUCAGAGAGACAGCUGGAGUUGGAGACCAGGCUCAGAGACGCCUCGUGAAGGGAGUGGAUGAUCUGGAUUUCUUCAUCGGUGAUGAAGCACUCGACAAGCCCAACUAUGCAACCAAGUGGCCCAUCAGGCAUGGCAUCGUCGAGGACUGGGAUCUGAUGGAGAAGUUUAUGGAGCAGGUCAUUUUUAAAUACCUCAGAGCCGAGCCAGAAGAUCACAACUUCCUCGUGACAGAGCCUCCUCUGAACACACCGGAGAACAGAGAAUAUUUAGCCGAGAUCAUGUUUGAAACGUUCAACGUUCCUGGCCUUUACAUCGCCGUCCAGGCUGUUCUGGCUCUAGCAGCCUCGUGGACGUCCAGGCAGGUUGGAGAGCGAACGCUAACAGGAAUCGUCAUUGACAGUGGAGAUGGAGUCACGCAUGCGAUACCUGUGGCAGAGGGCUACGUGAUUGGGAGCUGUAUAAAGCACAUCCCUAUAGCAGGCCGAGACAUCACCUACUUCAUCCAGCAGCUCCUCAGAGACAGAGAGGUCGGGAUUCCUCCAGAACAGUCUCUGGAGACCGCAAAGGCAAUCAAGGAGAGGUUCUGCUACAUCUGCCCAGACAUUGUGAAAGAGUUCACGAAGUACGACACAGACCCAGCGAAAUGGAUAAAGAAAUAUAAAGGCAUCAAUGCCGUCAACAAAAAUGAGUUUCAGAUAGAUGUGGGAUAUGAACGCUUUCUUGGACCAGAGAUUUUCUUCCAUCCAGAGUUUGCCAACCCGGACUUCAUGGAGCCCAUUUCAGAUAUCAUAGAUGAGGUCAUUCAGAGCUGUCCGAUAGAUGUGAGAAGGCCUCUUUACAAGAAUAUAGUGCUCUCUGGAGGAUCCACUAUGUUCAGGGACUUUGGUCGACGGCUACAAAGGGAUCUGAAGCGUGUAGUCGAUGCCAGACUCCGACUCAGUGAGGAGCUAAGUGGAGGCCGGAUAAAGCCUAAACCAAUUGAGGUACAGGUGAUCACGCAUCAUAUGCAGAGAUAUGCUGUCUGGUUUGGAGGGUCCAUGUUGGCUUCCACGCCCGAGUUCUUCCAUGUGUGUCACACAAAGAAAGACUACGAAGAGCACGGCCCCAGUAUCUGUCGACAUAAUCCAGUGUUCGGUAUCAUGUCCUAACGCUGGACUGCGACUGUAGAUGCAGUCCUGGAGUCAGUGCUGUGAUCAUCACUCUACUUAAAAGCAGAAAUGAUUUAGUGUGAGAUCAAAAAGGGAAUAUACUGUAGAAUCAACAGGGAUUUCAUUCAUCACUAAAAAUAUAGACAAGAAGUUCUGUCCUCUUCAGAUUCCUGCACUUGCUGCACCGCUCAGGAUCCAUGUAAGAGAAGCCAUACACGAUGACGGUUUCCUGUGCGUCAAGAUCACUUUUGUGUGAUAUUUGAAAUGAAGUUUUAAGGUUGAUUCGAAUUUAGUCACUUUGCACAUGGCUGGAAGCUUGUUGUGAAGACCGUGUGCAUACAAUAGACACUUCUGUAUUAUGUGAGUAUUUGAAAAUCGGUUUAUAUUUGUAACAGAGGUCAUUGUUUAUGAGACAUGGACAGGAUAAACAGUCACAUUAAACAAUGCAUGGGUGUGAAAUAAUAUAUUUACAGAAGAGAUGGAAGGACAGGAAGGGGAAAUGAUAUUUAUACAAUGUUGAACUAUUUCAGUACAUUUAUAAAUGUAUAAACAAUACAAUUAAAAAUAAUAAUAAUAAUAAUGUUUUUUUUUUUAUAUAGCGCCUUUCUACACACCAAGGUCGCUUUACAAUUAGAAAGCACUUAUAACACAGCAAUUAAUCCUGUUUUUACCCUCAAAUGUACGCUGUUUAAUUAUUUAGUUGAACAGUGGUCUGUGUACAAGCAAUAUGGAUCUCAUUUUAAGCAAAGAUUAAAGGAGAACUCCGCUGUUCAAA